AUGUAUAUAUAUGGCGGAUAUGAAGUAAAUGAAGGAAUAUUAAGCGAUUUUUACUCGAUGAUAAUAAAAAAUUCGAAAUAAUAUAAAUGGGAUAAAAUAAUACAAAAAAAUGUAUAAAAACCAUACCCAGGACCAUUAAUGAGACAUACUGCGGUUAUUUUUAAAGAUAAAAUGUACAUUUUUGGAGGAAAUAAAUAAUCUAUGAAAUCAUCAAAUGAUAUAUGGACAUAUGAUUUAAUAAAUGAUGAAUGGGAAAUUUUAGAACCAAAAGACGGAAUAAAACCGCCUUAAUUGGAUUCUCAUUGCGCAACUGUAGAUGAUACAAGAGCUUUUAUGUAUAUUUUCGGUGGAUUUUCAGAUUAAAAAGAUUCUUUUGGAGGUUAUUAAAAUAGUCUUUGGUAAUUUAAUUUUGAUUUUUGUAUAUGGUAAGAUAUUGGAGAAUAAUCUAAAAUACAACCUUGUAAAAGAUCUGGAGCAUGUAUUACUAUAUUAGGACAAAAAAUAUAUAUGUUUGGUGGAACUGUAGUAGAUAUUAAAUUUAAUGAUAUAUGGAAAUUCGACAUACAUUAAAAAGAAUGGGAAUAAAUAUAAAUAUAAAAAAAUCAAAUACAACCAGAAACAAGAAAUGGACAUAGCUUAAUAAAUUACAAAGAUAAUUUAAUUGUUUUUGGAGGUAUACAUGAUAUAACACACGAAAAAAACGAUAUGUACGUAUUUUCUCCUAAUGAUAAAUAAUGGCAUAUAAUUGAUGAUGAUACUUCUCAUUAAUAAAAAAAAGAAUAAGAUAGUAUUAUCUAAUCAUCAAAUGUAUUAGAAAAAAAUAAUUAAGAUAAGUCAAUUGUAAAUGAAUUAUCAUUAAACACUAGCAUUUUUAAAACAUAAGAUGAUUAAACAAUUAAAAAUUCAAAAAAUUAAAAAACAAUAAUAAUUUUAGUUCCUAAAAUGUAUUUAAGAAAAGCUAUUAAAGUAUAUUAAGAAAUCCAGAUAGUCAUUUAGUAACAAUUGAAGAUGAAAUUAAGAUUUAAAAUAAUAAUUAAAUGGAAGAAAAUAGAAAAAAAAAGAUAUAAAUGAAAAAAAUGAAUCUUUUAUAGGAAUUUGAAUUAAAUGAAUAUGAAAAAUAAAAUUUUAGAAAUAUAUCACCUACAACCGAAACUAUGAAAAAUAGUAUAGCCUCAGUUGGAAAUCCUUUUGAAAAAAAUAAAAAUUUUACAAAGAAUUUAGAUUAGAGUAAACUUGGUAUAAAUUAAGCAGGAGGGUAUGUUAUUGAUUUAAAAUAAAAUAAAAUAAUGGGCAAAAGACCAUGUGCUAGAGACGGACAUUCUGCUAUUAUUUGUGAUAAU